AUGUCGGAAUCCAAGGCUUCGUGCGAUUUGAGCAAAGCGGCUAAAUCGUUGGCCUCCGACUCGGAGGCGUAUACGGCGUUCUUCACCAACAUUCUGAAGGAAGGCCAGGUGAUACUGAGGACCCCUGAGCAGUGCAGAGCUGAGGCCACAGUCAGCCGCAUGACCGACAACAUGUUCUGCGCUGCUAGCCACGACUGGAAGACCGACGCCUGCCAGGGCGACUCCGGUGGUCCGUUGGUGUGUGACGUUCAGGGCCGCAUGUUCCUCUUCGGUGUGGUGAGCUUUGGGGACAAGUGUGCUGAGGAGGGCAAGCCAGGGUACUACACCCGCGUCACCAACUACAACAAGUGGAUCGCCAAGAACACAGGCCUCCCCUCAUACACACUGGGCUCCAUGUACCCACAGAAGUGAUAAAGAUGGACACACAUGUACUGUCCGUAUACAGUAUGCAAUCACAGCUUGUGUGCACACACACACACACACACACACGCACACGCGCACACACAAUUCAUUCAGGCAUUGCCUUAGAGACCUAUGGUAGGUUGGGCAGCCAUGUAUUUGAGGUCCUCGGGGCCACAGAGCCAUAGACGUGUAUAUAUACAUGAUCUGAAGAUACAUGUCUAUACACAGAGCUCUAUCUUAAGCAGCCGGCGCACUGCUGCUAGUAGUCACUGGCCCUUGUGCACUUACAGCUCUCUGCCACCAGAUGGCGGUAGCGAGCCAGUACUCAGUUCUGUCUUCAGAGACUAGUACUAGAUGUAUUUACUAGUGUUUGGCCAGUAUUGUAGAAGAGUAUUGAACAAAUGUAUUUAUUUAUUUUUUUAAACAUGAGUAAAGCUAUAUGUAUAUUUUGGAAGGAAAAAAAGUGUUUAGAUAUUUUCUAUAUUUUAUAAUUUUGUAUUUGUGUAAGUAAAACAGGCUGGACCGUUGUUAACUGAUUGUUAUAAUAAUGUUUGUGUGUUUGUGAGUGUAUGUGAGCUAAAAUAAAGUAUUUAUGCUGAUUGUUGAUAUCACUGUAAUUUGCUUUUUUAAAAUAAAAAAUAUUGA